AGGCGAUCCCGCGAUGAGGAGGAAGCCUGGUAUCCGGCGGCGGAUCAAACUUUCGGAGCAUCCACAGAGCGACGAUCGAUUCUCGAGAAUGCAUGGCUUGCGAGGACGCUCGAGAGCACGGGAUUUCCCUGGCGAUUAUCCGAGAACAAAGUUCGCUCCAGAUGGAGUCUCUCCAAACAAGCUCGUGGAAAUUCUGAGGCAUCAAGGAGUGGAUUUCGUGCUGCAUCCUCAACAUUCACCCCGCGCUCCUCCCGGCAUUUGGAGGCAAAGGUUUCUACGGAAUCAAGUCCACGAGGCUGCCGGCGCUCGUGUCUCAAGCGCAACGAUCCAUGUCGUGGAUGAGAAUGGGAGCAUCCUUGCGCAGCGAGAAGUUCCUGUUCUAGAGACGGACACGCCGCAAGACUUGGCAGCCAGAGUGUUGGAACAAGUACGUGGUUUGAUUGUUCUUUAG